AAUGCCGAUGCUGCUUGUAUGAAGACCGUCAGGCAUCUGAAUUUCUGAACAUCAACUAUCAGAUCGUUGGCCCAAUUACGCGCUUUUCAUCAUGGUCGCAAGCGAGAAUGAGGAGACAGCGCAGGAUGUCCUUACUUCCUCCCUCCCGUACUUGCGGUCUCCUCUAUCUUCGAUGCAUUCCAAACUGCCACCUCUAUCAGUGAAUGACAAACCAAGCACACAAGUAAAGGACAAACAAACUAUCGGGACACCUCUUUCGUCGGUAGUGGAGCUACGCGGGAAUACGCUCCAGCUGAACGCUCAUGGGCCUCUCCCAUCCGUCACAGGACUGUCACCUGCUUCGGAAUCUGUCCAAAUUACUACAAUUGAACACUCUCCUGCUGCCGUGCCGUCUGGAACGGACGUUACGAUCCGACUCCAGACCGAGCUACUAGCUACCGCCGACGAACUGUACCGCAAGGAUAUAGAUGGUCACGGUGAAGGACGCGCGGGGAAGGCUCCUGAGCGGAUUUCAGUAAUGCCGCUACCGCCAUUUUCAAAGCGCUUCCCUAAGGCAAAUACACAAGAGUUGACAGAUGAGGAUUAUUGGUCUUCGUUUCCGCCACACAUAAAAAAUUUUGCGCAAAAAAUGUACAAUAUUGCGCAACAGAUGGUACAGUCCGAUGCCGUGCUGAAGACUGGAUUCAGCGCGACUGAAGCUACCACGAUAACCGCGAGGGCCAGCAUGGACGUUCCAGGGUACCCUCCAGGAACGUAUCCAUCGUUACCUUUUGAUCCCUCAAUUUUCUCCGAUCCCGAGUUCACGUUAUCGGUAGACCGAGCAACAGCUGCUCUGGGGACUACUCUGCCAUCACCUGGCCAAUCGCACCCUCCUGAGUUCGGCCAAGAGGAGUUUAUCGAGGAUGACUACAGCGAAGAUGUUGAUGCUGUAGACGGCGACAUUGAGGAUCAAGACCUGGAUGAGAACGAUUCUGAUCUGCAGCCACAACCAACAUCAGUUCCGCAUGCGCCACAUUUCCAUGGAUCGCUGCCUGCGACCUUUGCGCAGGUAGUUCUGAGCUACGAGGAAACGGUUUUGCGAAGUGGGCCGCUUUCGACUGACUUCAGAACUAAGUUAUCAAUGCCUGCUAUGCCAAUGCUAGCAGCGCCUGUUGAGGAAUUGGUAUUUCAUAAGAAAAACAAGAAAGUCUCAUCUAUGAAAGUGCCGGCGGUUAGCGCCGAAAGUCCGGUAGUGCCGGGACGGCGAGUGGGAACGGGAGGCACGGCACCGGGAUCGGCGCUGGAAAAGGGUAGUGGAGGGACCGGUGGAGAAUUGAGGAAGCGCUCACUGCCUCUCACCGCCAACGCCAUGCCUGCAGCACGAGCAGCGACAAAAGAAAAUAUAUCUUCCAAUCCUCCACCGAGCUCCCGUGCACAGGGAAAACAGCCUAUGUCGUAUGCACCGCCGACAACGACAGCCACAGCGACGACGACGACUACCCCAACAACGGCCACGGCCACCGUCAAUGGUCAGCAACCAGCAAGAACGGCUCGUGCGGCAUCAAAGGCGCCGAUUCCUGCUCACGCCUACCAGCACAAUCAUUCUCAUCAUCAUCCAUCGCCUCCAUCAUCUAAUGCAUCCGUGCCACAGAAACAUCGUCCUCCGGCAACCGCUGCUCCAGGUAAAUCCUCUCAAAACAACUCCAAGAUCUGGAGUACUAGCUCGACAGAGGAGCGUGAGCGUAUCAAAGAAUUCUGGCUUGGUCUGGGUGAGGACGAGCGUCGCAAUUUGGUCAAGAUCGAGAAGGAUACCGUCCUCCGGAAGAUGAAAGAGCAGCAGAAGCACAGUUGCAGUUGUGCAGUUUGCGGCAGGAAGCGACAUGCGAUCGAGGAAGAGCUUGAGGUACUGUACGAUGCUUAUUACGAGGAGCUAGAACAGUACGCGAACUACCAGCAGCGCUAUGUCUCCUCUGGUGGCACCAUACCUCCCCCUCCUGGGCCAGGUCCGUUUCCCGGUAGCGUCGAACUCGAUAAGAACGGCGCUGUCAUCGAUCAUCCCCCGAACAAAGUUUCCCAUAAUCCCCCGCCAUCUAAUAGAACACCAGCCCUGACGAACGGCCGAAAACCUCCGAAACAUGAAAGUGAGUUUGAUGAUGAUGAUGGGGAUGAGGACGAAUAUGAGGAGGAGGAAGAGGAGGAGUAUGAAGAAGACGAGGAAGAGGAUGAGGAGGAUGAAGAUCCGGAAGAGGAGGAAGAAGAAGUAAAACCACGAGAUCGACGUAAUCCCGGUGUUCGCGGACGAAGGCUUGUGAAUAACGCGAAGGUUAAUGGUCGCGACGGUCUGUUUAACCUUGGGAGUAGCUUGACUGUAACUGGUCCAGGUAACAUUCUGACAGUUGCAGACGAUCUCCUAAAGAAUGAUGGGCAAAAAUUCUUAGAGAUGAUGGAGCAGCUCGCUGAGCGUCGGAUGCAGCGAGAAGAGGAAGCGGCUGCCGAUGUUGAAGAUGACAGUGAUGAAGAGGACGAUGAGGAGGAAGAAGAGGACGAUGAUGAUGACGAUGAGGAAGUGAUGACCGAGGAGCAGAAGAUGGAGGAGGGCAAACGGAUGUUCUCCAUUUUCGCUGCUCGGAUGUUUGAACAGCGUGUCCUUCAAGCGUUUCGAGAAAAAGUUGCACAGGAACGUCAAAUGCAGCUUUUGCGCGAACUUGAGGAUGAGGACAAGCUCACAAGGGAGCGAGAGGCGAAGAAGCAAACUCAGAACCAGAAGAAGAAAGCUAAGAAAAUACUUCAAAAACAAGCCCGUGACGAAGAGCGAGCUGCCAAAGCAGCUGAGAAAGCUGCAGAGGAGGCUGCUGUAAAGGCUAAACAGGCAGCUCAAGAGGAUGCGCAGCGGAAGAAACGCGAAGAAGAACGUGCUCGUCGUGAAGCUACCCGGAAAGCUGCAGAUGAGGAGAAACAGCGUAAAGAGGAGGAGCGUCGUAAGCGCGUUGCAGAGGAAAAGGAACGAGAGGCCGAGCGGGAACGUAAACGCAAGGAAAAGGAAGAGAGGGUCAAGCAGGAGCGCCGUGAGCGAGAAGAAAAGGAGCGCAAAGCCAAGGAGGAGAGGGAUGCCAAGGCAACUGCUGAAAAAGCUGCCCGAGACGCCGCUCGAAAGGAGCAACAAGAGAAGGAAGAACGCGAGAGAAAGCUUGCCAAAGAAAGGGAGGAGAAGGAGAAGGCGGAAAAGGAAAAGGAACGGAUUGCCCAGCAGCAACGAGCUGGCAAGCACACCCGUCCAUCAACCUCUCCCCGUCCUCCGGGCUCUACGCAACGCACUCAGAGUAACAACGGCCCAUCUAAGAAAAUUCUCAGCAAGCCCAUCCCCAUCACCCCCACCUCGUCUGGAAGUACACCACGGCAGUCGCUGCAGCAGACCCCACAGCAGCCGCAGCGUCCCGUGUUGUCUAAUUCUCAACCUGCAACUCCUGUAGCACCCUCCGUGCAAAAUCAUUUUCCUCCGCCAACCACACCUCAUUAUGCUGUCGCUCCUAGCAUGAUACCUCCGCUUCCCGGCGCGUUGUCCCCUCGUCUACCCUUUGCGCAACCUCCACCUCCAUUUGGACUGUUCGGUCCAGGACCGUCAAUGCCCCCUCCAGGACCUCCUCACCUCGGUCCAUCUGCUCUUCCUCGCAAUUUCGGCUCGCCUACUUCUUUCGAAUCAGGCUUUAGUCGUCCUCUAGCUCCCACAAUACCCAUUGGACUGCCUUCGAAGGUUUCGCAGAACCUUCUUGGUUCACCAACCACACUGGCACCAGGGCCUUUGAAGCGAACGUCUAUACCGGACCCGGGGCCUGUUGCACGGCCGCACCGCCCUGCACCUAUCGCGCCUCCCGCACCCAUUGCAAGGCCAAUGACAGGGGAGACAUCUGGGUCAGGCUCAGGUUCUCCUAGUCGUCGUUCUCCAAGUCCGAAGGGCAUCCUUGGAUCUUCUGCUCUAGCAGCUGAUGAUGACGAGGUUGUUCCUCCGCCAGGACGGCGCAUUGCGCCGGGUGCAGUGGGCCAAUCGUGGGGUGCUAGUACCAGUCCACGGGCUGUCGUUGGAGAUAACCGGCCUCCUUGGGGCGCACCCGCGCCCCCAGGGUUUGGCUCGCCUCGUCCUCCAAUCGGACCUUCAUUGUGGGGAAGUGUGAACCCCACGUCUGAUUGGCAGGCACCUGGGACAUUCUUUCCAAAUUCUUUCGUGAAUCAUAUUAACUCAUCCCCGCCCCCUCACACAGGUUAACUUGGAUAUGACGGGCAGCUAGUCUUUCAUUUUGAUUCCUCUUGAUACGCUCCCUAGUGCUCUUCUCUUUUGCUCUAUUUGCAUCGAUGUUUGCGAUCAAACAAGGAGAAAUACAUUAUAAAAAGAUGUCAGAUUUGGAGUGAUCGUCAAGUUACAUGAUGC